AUGCCAACGCAGUCAGGAGCCGCCGGCGACCGCGGGAGCGCGAUUGCCUUCUACGAAGGCUUUGAAGCACAGAGAAGAGAUCUAAAGACAUUAGGGGGCGAUUCACGCGCCACUGGCGGCGUUCGCGCCGAGAAACCGGCGCUCAACUGCUCGGAAGCUGAGAGGUGGAGAGCGCUCCGCCAAAAGAAAGCGAAACGAGGGCGGCUCGCUGCACCACGGCGCCGAUCUGUUGCGAAAAAGAAGGCGAAUCCGGGCUCCGGUAUGGUACUCGCUCUGUUCCGUUUCCUCGCCUCGUCGGGUCGUCAUCAGCUUAGCCUGGGCUUAGUGAACUUUAUUCAGAAUCUCGAAAUCGGCGCAUGCCCAGUGGCUUGCCAGAGACGGAACAGAGCGCGUUUCUCCUCUGCGCAGAGACGGCAGGGAAAUCUCGAGGCUCUCGCUGCAGUCACUCGCACUCUCUUCGCCGCCCGUUUCAUCUGGAUUGAACGCGCAGCCGCCACCCCUCGCCAGUGUUCGCCGCUCGGCAGACCCCUUCUCUCCGCUGUUCUACUCAAGAUGAUGUUUCCUGGCAUGAUGCGCGAAGCUCCGAAGGAGUACCUCUCCCCGAAGUGGAGACUGGUGCUUCGCGUGGCGGGCUUCGUCGGCGCGUGCAUCCUCAUCGCCAAAUACGGCGACUUGGUGGACAUGCCAGAGAACAACCGCCUCGGCUAA